CGCAACUUUUCCCCCGGCGCCGAUCCGCGUCAGGGCUUCGCUUUCCUCGGCGGAAUCUCCCCUCCUUUCCCCGCCGGUUUUCGGGCGCUCUCCGCCGGUUCCGAUCCUUCGGGAUCCGGCCCGGUUCCUCGCUCACCCGUGUCCUCCGUCCCUUCGCUUCUGGCCUCGCCCAGAAGCUCCGAUGAAACCCGGCGGGGGAGCCGAAGCGCCGGAGGGCGAGGGCGCGGAGGGGGAACGGGAGCCGCUGAACCCCGAGUCGUCGGAGCCGCUGGGCGUCUCCGCCACUUACCGGGAGUUCGUCCGGCGAAGUUACCUGGAGCUGAUGAGCGCCAACCAGCACUCGCUGCACGCUCUGAACUGGCGGCGGCUUUAUCUCAGCCGGGCCAAGCUGAAAGCCUCCAGCCGCACUUCGGCUCUGCUCUCCGGCUUUGCCAUGGUAGCCAUGGUGGAAGUACAACUGGAAGACUAUGACUACCCUUGGGAGCUACUGGUGGCCUUCAGUGCCUGCACAACAGUGCUGGUGGCCGUCCAUCUCUUCGCUCUUAUGGUCAGCACCUGCAUCUUGCCCAAUAUCGAAGCUGUCAGUAACAUCCACAACCUCAAUUCGGUCAACGAGUCUCCCCACGAACGAAUGCACCACUAUAUUGAGCUGGCCUGGGGCUUCUCCACGGCCUUGGGCAUCUUCCUGUUCCUCACUGAAGUGGUGUUGAUUUGCUGGGUCAAGUUUAUGCCUGUCGGCAACAUGGGGACGAGCAGGAAGUGCUGCACUCCGGAAAGGCUCCAUGAUGGGAACACCACAGUCUCUACGGGCAGUUCUGGCUGGAACGCUGCCAUGGCCUCCACGGUGAUUAUGGUUCCAGUUGGCGUUGUGUUCAUCAUCUUUGCUUUGCAUUUCUACCGUUCCUUGGUGGGGCACAAAACUGAUCGGCACCAGCAAGAGCUGGAAGAACUUAACCAGAUCAAGUAUCAGUUGGACGGAGAAGCCACGGCUCUGCAAGUGGUGUGAGUUGGCAGCCUCACUUGAACUGCAACUGAUGUGAUCUUUUAGAGAGAAAGGCGCUGCCAUCGGUUGUAUCCUGAUUUUGUCUCGAUGGAAAAACUGUUAAGUAACUGCCACUGUUGGAAUUUAACCCCAAAGCUGUGAUGUUGAUGUCACUCCAGAGUCUCCAAUGUCCAACAACAUUUGUCUAGAUUUCCUAGGGGGCAAUUUUCAAGCCCAGGAGAGCCUAUUGAAACGGGCUGCUCCUAAAAAGCAGGGAGUGAAAUCUAGGGAAGCUUCCUUGAGGAACUUCCCCGUUUGGUAGAUUUUUGAUCAUACAGUAAAAUGUUUACAGGAGGCAGUUGUUGGGUGGGGAGGGAAAAGGACAGCUUUGGUCUCUCCAGGGGUGAGAUGGUCACUUCAUCCUGUAAGAUUUCAACUUUGUCUGCAGAACUGGAGAAGACAAUCAAAAGAUCUUUGCUAUUUCUGACAUUUCAAAAUGGGUGGGUUUGAAAAGUUCAGGGCAGUACGUUCAUUUGCAGUCCGUUUUGCUUCUCUUCUCAUCUUUAUACAUAUGGAGUAGUAGAGUUCAACCAACCAAGAUUGGUUAGACUAACUUUUGAACAGGUGUUAGAGCUGCUAGGUCCCAAGAAAGAGCCCUUUGUCAACCUCUAAUUAGGCCUGAUGGUCUCAAGCUGAUCUCAUCUUCAUGCUUUCAUUGUGCAGUUCCCCUUGCUGCUUGUUGGACAAUCUGAAAAUAUCCCUGAUAACCAAACCUUUCCAUCAAUUUGAUGGAGCGUCACGGCAUCUCCAGAAGGCCUGGCCUUGGAUUCUCAAAGAGGCUAGGAAGUGCGUGCAUCUUUGAUUCGGCAUUGUAAAUCCAGUUCUUCCAGUUGGUUCCUUCCCCCUCUUCUUGGGACCCCCUAAAUCCCACAUUCCCAGGCAGAAAGUUUGAUCUAGCACAUCUAGAAGAGACUAGGAUGGAGAAUGCUGUGCUGUAACCAAACUCUUGCAUGCAGUCUAUGCCAUUCUUCAAAUGCUUGUUUGCUUACCUCUAUGGAAACUUGGCAUCAGUUCUGGAUCAUUGUCAGAGUUGGGGUCGGUACAGAAAGUUGGACUUCUGACCCAGGAAUUCCUGGGAUAUGCAUAUUAUCCCCAUAUAUGUGCUUUGCCCCCAGCCAUAAAUUGUUUGCCCCUCCCCAGGGAUCCUUAUUUAUAGAGGCAAAGUCACACAGUAUGGGGGGGGGGGAACAGACUGCUUGGCUCCACUGGGAGAUGGCUUCGUUGUUUGGAGUAUUUUUCAGAGGAGGAAGAAGACUAUUGGGGUAUGGUAGAAGUUAAAAUCUAAGUCCAUUUUAGGAAUUUGUGGGUAGGGGAGGAAUUUUGCUUGCCUCUUGCACUUUCUUUUAAGAACAGAUUUGGUCUCAGUCCUUGGUGGGAAGAGCCACUGAACGUUAAAACCAGGCUGAUAUCUUCUCCCUCUCCCUCUUCCUCAACUUCCUGUCCUGCACAUAUGUGGACUAGCAUCUUAUCUUGUGUUUGAAGAACCAAGAGUGGCGGUUGAAGAGUUACGAAAUGCCAUUCUAGAAGACUAUGUCUUAAGUAAGGUUAGAGCAACAUAUCACAGGCAGCUCUUUAUCAACUAUAUUGCAAGGCGUACAUAUGCGUCUUUAUCAAAGGAACCAACCACAGUGGAAGCAGGUUUCCUGCUGAACAGGAAGCGGAACAGUUUCAGCCUUCGGUCUUCAGCUGUUCUUCUCUUCAGGAAUGCUCAGAUGUUUUCCCUUAAGAGUUCUGCUUCCUCAGAAUUAGGGACAGUAUGGACCCAUCUCUUUUUUGGGGGGUGGGGGAGCAAAGUAGUUGGAGAUAAUUUGGAAAUAUGGGAAAUAUAUUUUUGUAUCGAUAAAAAUAACACAUCCUUUGUCUAUCAUAGAUUUUCCAGCUGUUUUA